AUCCGAGUAUGGCUGAAAAGAGACAGUGGUCAGUAUUGGCCCAGCAUUUACCACACAAUGGCCUCUCCCUGCUCUGCAAUGGCCUACCAUCAUGAUAGCAGACGGAUAUUUGUGGGCCAGGAUAAUGGAGCCAUAAUGGAAUUUCAUGUUUCUGAAGAUUUUAAUAAAAUGAACUUUAUCAAGACCUACCCAGCUCAUCAGAACAGGGUGUCUGCGAUUAUCUUCAGCCUGUCCACAGAGUGGGUGAUCAGCACCGGCCACGACAAGUGUGUCAGCUGGAUGUGCACCCGCAGUGGGAACAUGCUCGGGCGGCGCUUCUUCACUUCCUGGGCUUCGUGCUUACAAUAUGACUUUGAUACUCAGUAUGCUUUUGUUGGUGACUAUUCUGGACAGAUCACCCUACUGAAGCUUGAACAGGACACCUGUUCAGUUAUCACAACCCUCAAAGGACAUGAAGGUGGUGUCGCCUGCCUCUGGUGGGACCCUAUUCAACGGUUACUCUUCUCUGGAGCAUCUGACAACAGCAUCAUCAUGUGGGACAUUGGAGGAAGGAAAGGCCGGACGCUCUUGCUUCAGGGCCAUCAUGACAGGGUGCAGUCGCUGUGUUACCUGCAGCUCACGAGGCAGCUCGUCUCCUGUUCCUCGGAUGGUGGAAUUGCAGUAUGGAACAUGGAUGUUAGCAGAGAAGAGGCUCCACAGUGGUUAGAAAGUGAUUCUUGUCAGAAAUGUGAGCAGCCCUUUUUCUGGAAUAUAAAACAGAUGUGGGACACAAAGACACUGGGAUUGAGACAGCAUCACUGCAGGAAGUGUGGGCAGGCUGUCUGUGGGAGGUGCAGCAGCAAGCGCUCGAGUUACCCGGUCAUGGGCUUCGAGUUCCAGGUCCGGGUUUGUGAUUCCUGUUAUGACUCCAUCAAAGACGAAGAUCGGACUUCUCUAGCAACCUUUCAUGAAGGAAAACAUAACAUUUCCCACAUGUCCAUGGACAUUGCUAGGGGACUGAUGGUGACCUGUGGGACCGAUCGUGUUGUAAAGAUAUGGGACAUGACGCCUGUGGUGGGCUGCAGUCUGGCAACUGGGUUUUCUCCACACUGAUCGGGAGCUGGGCGACGUCUGCACCUGCGAGCAGCAACCUCCACCAAAUGAAGUCCUUCCCGUGUAGCGCCACAGUCACUGUCCCGUGAAUGGACAGUAGCCACUUAAAAACAAGUCAACAUUUUUAAAAAGAAAAAAGUGGAGAGGUGUGUUUUUGGGCACUAGUGGAACUUCCCUAUGGGGAUGAAUAGGGAAAAGGUUGGUCUAUAGUGGUUUCCUGAGGAACGGAAUUACUUCAGUGAAACUUCCUCAUGAACAGCGAGCUAAUGUGGAAGGAAAGAGUAAUCUAGCAAAAGACAGUUGUAGAGGGGAAGAAAUUGAACAAAAAUGUUAAUGCCUAGAACUUUCUUAAAGCUGUCCCAAGUACAAACACACUUCCACUCAGAUGAGCCGGCCUUCCUAGGGCUCCUGUGCUCUCUGUCAUUGGAGCAGGAUUUGGGAGGAAGGAGGACUUGUUCUCUCUUUCUUGAGGGGUGGCAAUAGGAACUGAAGAAACCAGAGAUCUCUCCUUUAGCAUUGGCGGUAUGUGAACAUUCCCUGCACUUAGUUAUUGAUGAGCGUCUUAAAGACGCCUGCUCUCUUCAGGUCGUGUGUCAUCUGCAUUUAGUGUUUGGCUUGCUUCACUGUCUCUCUUCCCAGCCAGUGUGCUGUCGGUGGACCUUUGCAGCUGUUUUUAAGCCAGUCACGAAAUUUCUAUAAUAACCAAGGCAGCCCACAGUCUUCCCUUUCCCCCAAAUGUGCUCUGAGGACAAAACUUUUUUAUGGUGCUGUUAACAUGGGAGUCGCACGAGCCGCCUGACUUUUUCUCACCGCAGUUAGUAAUGACUAAUGGAAGAUCCAGCUACCAGCGUGAUCGUGAUGGGAAAUGAUAAGUCUGUUCCAUGGAACAGCUCAGUCCUCCUAACAGACACAUUCUGUUUGUAGUUCCAAGAUGAACCCCUGCAAUAGUGUGGAAAUUUAAUACACUCCUCAGAAAAGUGCUCCAAAGCUUUUAAACUGUGUUGACUUUUAGUUGUAACUAGUAUUAUUCAUAUUUCAUAGAAAGAAAUUGGUGACCCAGAGCUGUGAUCGUCAAUCAGGUCUUGCACAGUGAUUCCCAGCUUAUAAAUUGCUUUCCUAACAACUAGCAAAAUCUGUUGUUUUGGCAUUUUUCCUUUUUUUUUUGGUGGCUGGCUGGUACAGGGAUCCGAACCCUUGACCUCAGUGUUACCAACACCGUCCUCUAACCAACUGAGCUAACUGGCCAGCCCCAUAAUGGCAUUUUUAAAGCUUUUGGCCACUGAGUACGAGGAUGAAGAAGAGAUGGGGAAUGGGGAGCCUAUUUUGUAAUAUUCAAAUAUUUAUAUGUGUUUUUUGGACAAUAGUACACAUGUCUAUUACUUAAGAGCUGUGGAAUUGAGUGGAGAAGGGUCUACUUUUUAAAAGGACAAUGUAAGAAUAGAUAGAAACAGUGUCUUUGUUAGCCUUACAAAUGGAUAUUGAUUAAAAGAAAAAACAGUACUUCACCACUGUGUUAGGAUCAUAUCAAGAUAACAUGGUCAUCCUAUAUGAUAAAACUAAGGGACUAAAUCUGAGUUAUGACUGUGUCUUAGCAGGACUAAAAAGUUUAAGCCAGGCAGUUAAACUAAGACGUGUUAGUGGUUGUGUGACACAAAUAAUAAGGAAAGGAAAAGGAGGUCAGGAACAUCAUGUUCUGGAAUGAUCUGCAUUAAAAGUUUGUCUUCAGAAAUAAGUCUGAAGGAUUUUGUUGCUCCUUAUAAUUUUUGUGUUGUAUCACCUGGUAAGGAUGUUUCUUUUAAAAACUUUUCCCAGACCCUUUGCAAAAUGUAUAUUACUAAUUUAGUUUGGAAGAAGAAUUGAGUGAUGAUAACUUUUAAACCACAACGUUAAAAGCUUCAUAUAUUAACUUUAGUUUAGUUAAUGGUUCAGCCCAUGUAAAGGUGCUAUCCUGGGGAUUUUUAUUAAGUCUUGAAAGGAAAAUAGAAUAUGAUCAAUUUCUUGCUCUGUGGAAGAGUGCUGAACUGUGGUUUUGUUUUCCUGUAACUUCUAUACAAUGUGGCUUUUUAAUGUCUAUGGUAGAUUGAACCAGAGUAUCUGCUGAGAAUACUCCAUGCCUUUCAAACUUUAUUUUUAAAAAUUCUGAAUGAAAAAUCCUAUUUUCCAUAGAGGGCAGAAGUUGUUAUAGUGCCUCCUAAGGGGUUAAGUUAAUAUAAAUCAAGGAGGAAAUUUGUAUUUAAGGAAGAUUUGGAGUGAGGUAUCUUAGAAAAGGAAAAGAGAAUGUUUCAGCAUAGUUUGCUCUCCACCUGAGUCUAUCAUUUUCUUUUUGAAAAAAUACAUGCUAGUCUUGUCUGUAUUAUACGCUAGGUAGUAAAUGGGAUAAUAUUUUUUUAUAGAGGUGGGCAGAAAUUAUUUUCUCAAUUUUUGCUGACUAGGCACACAAGGAAAAUACAAAUAGGCUUAUAGUUAUUGCCUUAUCUUGACUGCGUUUAUCUUAAAACGCAUCAUUUGUAAUAGUUCUUCAUGUAACAGUUUACUGGUCUUUCCACUCCUGAAUACUCAAUCUAAUUUGUACAAAUAGUGAUUAAGAAGUACAGAAUAUUAGAAAAGAUCCUUAUAUUUAGAUCUAAUAUGUAUGUGAUAAGGAAAUGGCAAUUCUUCGUUAUAAACAUGUUUUUAAAUUGCCCUUUAUUAGUCCAAGUGAUAGCAAUACCCCAUAGCAUUAGGUAGAAACAAACUAUUCAUUAUAUUGUAAAUCUCCAUUUACUAUGUCCUAGUUCUGUCCUGCUACCUAGAGGAUAUGAGCAAAAAAUAUUGCUCUAGAAUGUGUCACUUUGUUCUCACCUAAAAAAAUUCAGUUUGUUAAUAUCUACAUUUUUAAACUGUUGAAACUGACCCAGAUAUGUAAUAAAUACCACAGUAGCUCAGACCCAAGGAGAUAUUUUCUAAAAUCUAAAAUUUUCGGGAGGAAGGAAAAUAAAUAAAUAUAUAAAUAAUUAGAAUCAGUUUUCAUUGAAGUACUUUCCACUUCCAUUAUUGGAUCUGGCAUCUCCUAAAAUGUAAGAAACCAGUUACUAUUAGUGAUAAACCAUCUGUUCAUUAUAAAUGUGAGGUUUAACAAAUAAGUAAUACAUGCUAUAUUUAUUCAAGUGUCUAUUGCUUAAUUGUUAAUUGUGAGCAGGUUGUUGAAUGCCUACUCUAUUUUCUGCAGUUUACAGUAACUCUUUGUGUAAGUUGAAAUUUAAUUGUGCAACAGAUUUAUAUUAGAGUACAAUUUAAAGUGUUUUUCUCUAUAGCUUUUUUUGACAGGGGAAGCAAAGGGUAAUGUUAAUUAGUACAUUUUGUUCUCAUACUAGCUGUGUUUCUAUAAGAUAUGGUGCACCGUGUAUCCCAGAGAGGCUAGAAAAUGUUGUUCUUUGCUCCUAUUUGUGGGUUCUGUUUUUGUGUUUUUUUGAGAAUAUGCAUACAAUAAAAUAUUCCUUGCUGGUUA